UCAGAAUACUUUUAAAGAUUUUAUAAAUUAAAUAAAAAUGUUAGAAUUUUUUCUGAUUCUGUCUAUUUGCGUGCUUUUAUACAAGUAUUUAAAUCAGUACAAAGGGUGUGGUCAGAAAUUACCUCCAGGACGGAUGGGCAUUCCGAUUUUAGGAGAGUCUUUGCAAUUCCUUCAUAAAAAGGCAAAAUUCUUUGAGGGGAAAAGAAAAGAGCAUGGCAAUAUAUACAAGACGCACUUGUUUGGAAGACCAACAAUUCGCAUAUCAGGAAAGAAAAACCUGGAAAAAUUGUUUGCAGCCGAAAACAAACUUCUCCAAUGUGCUUACCCAACUUCCGUGUGGAAAAUUCUUGGAAAAAAUUCCCUCUCUUCAUCCACAGGCCAAGUGCAUGCAGAGAAAAAAAUGCAACUUCUAAAAUGUCUGUCUCCGGGAUUUUUUGACCAAAAUUUACCCAUGGUCUCUGACUUUUUGACUGGACGUAUUUAUGAAUGGUGCCGCAAGUCGUCCAUUGAGAUUUUUGCUGACUGCCAUUCUCUGUUUUUAGAGCUAGCUUCUACUUUCUUAGUCAGUAUGGAUAUGCCUAAAGAUGAAAGAAGAAAGAUACAGACACUUUAUCAUGAUAUCACUAACAACCUCUUCACUUUGCCGCUUAAUAUACCUGGAUUUGGCUUUUAUAAGGCGUGCAAGGCAAAAGAGGAACUAAAGAAUUUGUUCUUAAAGAGAAUAAAGGAAGAUGGAAAGAGCUGUUCGCAACAGUUUCCAGCUGUACUGGAAAAAUUUUGCAAAUCUCAAAAUUCAGAAUUUGACAAUGACGAUUUGUUAAAUGGCAUAUUUGAACUGAUAUUUAAUGCUGGAGAGACAACGAGUACGUCGGCCAUGUGUGCACUUAUCCAUUUAUCCAAACAUCCAGAAGUUCUUGAAAAGCUUCGACAAGAACUAUCGAACAUUGACCUUUUAGCUCCUCCCGAGGAAAAUAACAAUAGCGAGGUAGAGGUUACGGCAGAAAUCUUCAGCAAACUUCCAUAUUUGGAUUGUGUUUACAAAGAAAUACUUCGGGUGACUCCGGCGGUGGGCGGGGCUUACAGGAGAGUCUUACAGACCUUUGAACUCGAGGGAUACACUAUUCCUGAAGGUUGGACUGUGGUUCUUGGAAUUCGAGACACACAUGAACUGGACAAUAAUUUGGAAGACCCUUUAACCUUUAAUCCUGACCGAUGGAUGCAGGCCGAUUGUUCUAAGAUAUCCUUCUUUCCAUUCGCUAGCGGACCACGGAGAUGUCCCGGAAAAGGAUAUGCACAGCUAAUUUUAAAACUGUUUAUAAUCAAAUUAUGUCAGCAGUGUAACUGGACAUUAUCGGAACCCAAUCCGGAAAUGGUUGCCAUGCCAACACCUCGACCAAAAAACAAACUUAUGUGCAGUUUCAAUCAACGAGAGUAUAAUAAGGAAUAA